GCAAACUAUCCACGUCAAAGCAAACCAAGAUGGCGGCUGUUGUUGAGAAUGUUGUCCAACUGCUCGGAGAGCAGUACUACAGAGAUGCCAUGGAGCAGUGCCAUAACUACAACGCCCGGCUAUGUGCUGAGAGGAGUGUCCGAAUGCCCUUCCUGGACUCUCAGACUGGAGUGGCGCAGAGCAACUGUUACAUUUGGAUGGAGAAGAGACACAGGGGACCAGGCGUGGCCCCAGGACAGUUGUACACCUACCCAUCCCGCAGGUGGAGGAAGAAACGACGAUCCCACCCCCCAGAGGAUCCCCGACUCGUCUUCCCUCCUCUAAAGUCAGAGCUGGACUUGGGGUUAAAGAAGGAUUCCCUGUCCUCUGAUGGCAGCAGUCUGGAGGCCCUGCUGAAGGGAGAACCCCUGGACAAACGGGUUCCUCCGGAGCUCCGAGGGCCGGAGGAGGAGUCCAGUCUGACAGACUACACUGGUGGGUCGGUCACCCCUGCAGCACGCGUCAGAAAGAGAGUCCUGGAGCCAGAUGACUUCCUGGAUGACUUGGAGGAUGAGGACUAUGAGGAGGACACCCCAAAAAGAAGAGGAAAAGGAAAGGGAAAGGGUCGUGGAGUAAGCAGUGCCAAGAAGAAGCUGGACGCUGCGGCGGCUGCGCUGGAGGACAAGGACAAGCCCUACUCCUGUGACAACACUUUCAAACAAAAGCAUAUUUCAAAACCUUCUGAAAGAGUCUGUGGGAAGCGUUACAAGAAUCGUCCGGGCCUGAGCUACCACUACACCCACUCCCACCUGGCUGAGGAGGAGGGAGAGGACAAGGAGGAGCCUGAGGUCCACACCCCCAUUCCGCCCCAGCCUGAGGAGCCUAAGACACCCAAGAAAGGUCCAGAUGGUUUGGCGAUACCCAAUAACUACUGUGACUUCUGCCUGGGAGACUCUGCCCUCAACCAGAAGACGGGCCAGUCAGAGGCGCUGCAGUCCUGCUCAGACUGUGGACGUUCAGGCCACCCGUCCUGCCUGCAGUUCACCCCCGUGAUGAUGGCUGCAGUGAAGACCUACCGCUGGCAGUGCAUCGAGUGCAAGUGCUGCAACAUCUGUGGCACCUCAGAGAACGACGACCAGCUUCUCUUCUGUGAUGACUGUGAUAGAGGCUAUCAUAUGUACUGUCUCAGCCCCCCUAUGGCUGAACCUCCAGAAGGGAGCUGGAGCUGCCAUCUGUGUCUGGACCUAUUGAAAGACAAGGCGUCAAUAUACCAGACCUGUAAUGUCCCUCCGUCGUGAUGGAUCCCCAUCCUCACAUACAACCCUCCCUCCACAGUGAGGUUCUUUCUCUGUGGUCAGUCGAGCGGAGGGGGUGGGACAGAUGACUUGUGAAAAGGGAAACACCCCCCCCCCGCUGAAACACGCUUAGUUUGGUUGUUCUAUGACUGUUACACAGUUCCAAGCUCAAGUGACCCAUGUAGGCUUUUGUUUUCAACUAUUUGUCAAUAUAUCAAACUCAAUGUGUAAUAUCCUGAACUUGACAAUACAUCAAGUAUGUUUCUUUUAAAAGUGGCUUAAACCACAAACACAGCUUUUACCAGCCAAAGUACACACAAUCUCACACACACACACACACACACACACACACACACACACACACAGUGCAUUCAGAAAGUAUUCAGACCCCUUCACGGUUUCCACAUUUUGUUACGUUACAGCCUUACUCUAAAAUUGAUUUAAAAAAUACAUUUUCAUCAUCGAUCUACACACAAUACCCCAUAAUGACAAUGCAAAAGUUUUAGACAUUUUUGUAAAAAACAACUGAAAUAACUUAUUUACAUAAGUAUUCAGACCCUUUGCUAUGAGACUUGAAAUUGAGCUCAGGUGUGUCCUGUUUCCAUUUAUCAUCCUUGAGCUGUUUCUACAACUUGAUUGGAGUCCACCUGUGGUAAAUUCAAUUGAUUGGACAUGAUUUGGAAAAGCACAGACCUGUCGAUAUAAGGUCCCACAGUUGAUAGUGCAUAUCAGAGCAAAAACCAAGCCAUGAGGUCGAAGGAAUUGUCUAUAGAGCUUCGAGACAGGAUUGUGUCGAGUCACAGAUCUGGGGAAGGAUACCAAAAAAUGUCUGCUGCAUUGAAGGUCCCCAAGAACACGGUGGCCUUCAUCAUUCUUAAAUGGAAGAAAUUUGGAACCACCAAGACUCUUUUUAGAGCUGGCCGCUCGGCAAUACUGAGAAAUUAUGGGAGAAGGGUCUUGGUCAGGGAGGUGACCAGGAACUCGAUGGUCACUCUGACAGAGCGCCUCUGUGGCAAUGGGAGAACCUUCCAGAAGGACAACCAUCUCUGCAGCAUUCCACCAACAAGGCCUUUAUGGUAGGGUGGCCAGACUGAAGCCACUCCUCAGUAAAAAGGCACAUGACAGCCUGCUUGGAGUUUGCCAAAAGGCACCUAAAAGGACUCAGAUCAUGAGAAACAAGAUUUUCUGGUCUGAUGAAACCAAGAUUGAACUCUUUGGCCUUAAUGCCAAGCAUCACGUCUGGAAGAAAACAGGCAAUGCUCAUCACCUGGCCAAUACCAUCCCAACGGUGAAGCAUGGUGAUAGGAGCAUCAUGCUGUGGGGAAGUUUUUCAGCGGCAGGGACUUUGAGACUAGUUAGGAUCGAGGGAAAGAUGAACCGGAGCAAAGAUCCUUGAUGAAAAACUGUUCCAGAGCACUCAGGACCUCAGAUUGGGGCGAAGGUUCACCUUGCAACAGGACAAGUCUCUGAAUGUCCUUUAAUGGCUCAGCCAGAGCCUGGACUUGAACCCGAUCUGGAAAGACCUGUAAAUAGCUGUGUAACGACGCUCCCCGCUCCAACCUGACAGGGCUUGAGAGGAUCUGCAGUGAAGAAUGGGAGAAACUCCCCAAAUACAGGUGUGCCAAACGUGUAGCGUCAUACCCAAGAAGCCUCGAGGCUGUAAUCGCUGCCAACAAAGUACUAAGUGAAGGGUCUGAAUACUUAUGUAAAUAUGAUAUUUAAGUUUUUUAUUUUAAAUACAUAUGCAAACAUUUCUAACAAACUGUUUUCACGUUGUCAUUAUGGGGUAUUUGGUUGUCGAUUGGUGGGGGGGGGAUACAUUUUAGAAUAUGGCUGUAACGUAACAAAAUGUGGAAAAAUUAAAAUUGUCUGAAGAAUCCGAAGGCACUGCACAUGCACACGACUGCUCCGAAUCCUACUUUUAUUCUGCAAAAUAUCUGUUUUGCGUGGAGAGGGGAGAAAUAGUUGAAAUCAAUUAGCAUGCCAAUGCUUGUUCAUAAUCAGACAAAUGUUUUGUAUAUUUAUAUAUUUGUAUAGCAUAUUAAAGGUGUGAAAUGAUUUAAAAGCUGCAAUAAUAGGUUGGUUCUGUAGUCUUUGUGUAGUGCCCAUCUUCAAUAUUAAUGAAUAAUCUUCCAUCUCCUGAUGUGGACACAACACAGAGUUGGGAAAGCAUAGAGAGGGCCUUACCAUUACUUAGUACCCAUCCAUCUCUAUACCUCAGAGAGAGGAACAGGACCUUGGCGUAACUCUUUUUAAGGAAUUGAUAUUGAGUGUUUACUGCAUUGAAGGAAAGUGAGUCAAGUAGUUGCUGGUUGGUUUAAGUGAAUUUGAGUGUAUUCUACAGUCUUGGCCAAAAGUUUUGAGAAUGACACACUUAUUAAUUUCCAGAAAGUUUUCUGCUUCAGUGUCUUUAUAUGUUUUUGUCAGAUGUUACUAUAGAAUACUGAAGUAUAAUUACAAGCAUUUCAUAUGUGUCAAAGGCUUUUAUUGACAAUUACAUUAAGUUGAUGCAAGCGCCAAUAUUUGCAGUGUUGACCCUUUUUUUCCCAAGACCUCUGCAAUCCGCCCUGGUCUGCUGUCAUUUAACUUCUGGGCCACAUCCUGACUGAUGGCAGCCCAUUCUUGCAUAAUCAAUGAUUGGAGUUUGUCAGAAUUUGUGGGUUUUUGUUUAUCCAUCCACCACUUGAAAAUUGACCACAAGUUCUCAAUGGGAUUAAGGUCUGGGGAGUUUCCUGGCCAUGGACCCAAAAUAUCAAUGUUUUGUUCCCCGUGCUACUUAGUUAUCACUUUUGCAUCAUGGCAAGGUGCUCCAUCAUGCUGGAAAAGGCAUUGUUCGUCACCAAACUGUUCCUGGAUGGUUGGAAGUUGCUGCUCUCGGAGGAUGUGUUGGUACCAUUCUUUAUUCAUGGCUGUGUUCUCACAAAAUUGUGAGUGAACCCACUCCCUUGGCUGAGAAGCAACCCCACACAUGAAUGGUUUCAGGAUGCUUUUCUGUUGGCAUGACACAGGACUGAUGGUAGCGCUCACCUUCUCCAGACAAGCUUUUUUUUCCAGAUGCCACAAACAAUCGGAAAGGGUAUUCAUCAGAGAAAAUGACUUUACCCCAGUCCUAACCCUGUACCUUUUGCAGAAUAUCAGUCUGUCCCUGAUGUUUUUCCUGUAGAGAAGUGGCUUCUUUGCUGCCCUUCUUGACACCAGGCCAUCCUCUAAAAGUCUUUGCCUCACUGUGCGUGCAGAUGCACUCACACCUGCCUGUUGCCAUUCCUGAGGAAGCUCUGUACUGGUGGUGCCCCGAUCCCGCAGCUGAAUAAACUUUAGGAGAUGGUCCUGGCGCUUGCUGGACUUUCUUGGGUUCCCUGAAGCCUUCUUCACAACAAUUGAACCGCUCUCCUUGAAGUUCUUGAUGAUCUGAUAAAUGGUUGAUUUAUGUGCAAUCUUACUGGCAGCAAUAUCCUUGCCUGUGAAGCCCUUUUUCUGCAAAGCAAUGAUGACUGCACGUGUUUCCUUGCAAGUAACCAUGGUUGACAGAGGAAGAACUCACACCUGUGUUAACGAGUGAAUCACUGACAUGAUGUCAGCUGGCCCUUUUGUGGCAGGGCUGAAAUGCAAUGGAAAUGUUUUGUGUGGAUUCAGUUCAUUUUCAUAGCAAAUAGGGCCUUUGCAUUUAAUUGCAAUUCAUCUGAUCACUCUUCAUAACAUUCUGGAGUAUAUGCAAAUUGCCAUCAUACAAUCUGAGGCAGCAGACAUUGUGAAAAUGUAAUAUUUGUGUCAUUUUUCAAAACCUUUGGCCACAACUGUAUACCUACAGCCAGCAUUUUACCAACAAUAGUUACAUAUUCCAUUGGUAGGCAACACAGGUCCUAGAGAGCUGCACUAGUCCUGAACCCGACCCCUUGGUAUGUGUUGGGAAAUGGCUCCCGAGCACAGGACUUUGUUUCCCUUCUCAUACCGGCUCAGAAGUCUCUCAUCCCACCCUGCUCCACUGGGGCCUCACGUGACUGUCAUGAUCUACACUCCCCUUCAGUUAUAGCCACAGGAGGGCAGUAAUGAGCAAUACAAGUGCUACUGGGACUGUCAGGGGGAUAAUGUUAUUGGAAUGAUGGGGAGCCAUCAGAGGAUCUAGUCAGACAGUGGUGUGUUAACACAAACUGCAGACUGGUGUGUGCACUUGCAUUUGCUAUACUGUAGCUAUACUGUAAAUGUAUUGACAUUGUCAUAUAUAGGUCUACAUUUGUAAGAUGGGCACAAAGGGAUUCUAAGGUGAACCUUAAAGGCACAUUUCUGAAUCAAUUGCAUGUCUGAGUUGUUUGUCUCAUGGAAAGGGAACACCUGUUUUUAUUCCCUUGUGUUUUCUCUGCUCUUCUCCCCCAAAGCUGGGCACAAUGCUCUUCACAGGUCUGGCACACAAAUUACACUAAUUACAAUUAGCGAAAAUGUUUUUACCUUAACUAGUGACAGUAAACACAGGAUACAUUGACAGACAUGGUAAAAAAGGCACAACAGUCAGGCAAGUGCAUGAUAAUGUGUGCUAAUGGUAUGCUCAGAUUUGAAUUGAUCAAAGUGUAAGGAAGUUGUGUAAUAUAAUUUAGCUAUACUAUCAUGUUAUAUCAAUAGUCAACUAACAAAUACUAAAGCGUUAAACAAGUAUUUCUCAUGACACUUUUGGGGUGUUUGUUUAGAGGUGGUUUCCAGGAACAUAACGGUUUUUGUUUUGCUGUCAUAUUCAGCAGUGAUAUUGAUUCAGUUGAUGUAGAACAGUUUUGGGACUUUAUUUGAGUUGUGAAUGAAUAUUGCCUUUAUGGUAGAAGGUUUUGUCUUUUUUUUCCCCCAGGAAAAUAAAACAUUUGUCACUGGC